AUGUCGCUACGGCGUCUCUUGCGCGCACGUUUCUCUGUCCGUGUUUCAAGUGGUGAAUCACUUGAGAUUGAUUCGAGCAAGCUGUUAGCGCGUUUUUAUGUUGUGGAGCGUGUUGCUGUUCCGUCACUUUUUGAUCGCCGCAGCCUUGUCGAUUGUGACGCGCUUUUCGGCUCGCGCGGCUCUCGUGCUGCUUCCCCUGCGCCUCUCCUCUUUUCCCAAUCUGCUCCAUUGUCCCGCCCCUCUCCCCAUCCCCGCGCGUCCGUCGUCGUCAGAACGCUCAAGGAGGUGCUUGACGGAGCAUUAACGGCCGCCGGCGGCGAUCCGUCAGCAGCGGCGGCGCUAGCGGCGGCGUUGGAAGAGGAGUACGGCGGGCCCAGCGGGCUGCUGGACCUGGAUCGCCCGUUCCCCGAGGCGCCGCAGCAGAUGACGGCGGCGGCAGAGGAUGGCGGCGACAGCAAGUUGGCCGCCGACAACGUGGUGGAGGCGUCGGCGGCGUCGUCGCUGUCGCGCACGGUGAUCGUGACGGCGCUGUCGGAGGCGUGGGCGCCCAUGAUGCACUUCUUCCUCGACCGCCUCCGCCUCGUCGAACAGCAGGCGCGCGCGGAGGGGGAGGCGGAAGCGGAGGGGGGACUGAACCGGCUGGUGGAUCGGCUGGUGGUGGUGGCGUACGACGACGCGAGCUUCGACGAGUGCUGCUCGCUGGGGCUGCACUGCUACUUCGACUGGCAGGACGACGCGGAGGAGAAGGAGGACUUCAGCGGCGACCAGAAGCACUUCAUGACGCCCGCGUACAUCCACCUCGUGUGGCGCAAGGUGCACGUGGUGCGCAGCAUGCUGGCGCUGGGGUACGACGUGGUGUUCACGGACAACGACAUCCUCUGGCUGCGCAACCCGCUGCCGCAGCUGCUGCUCGCCGCGCCCGAGGACAUGCACAUGAGCGUCGACUGGUGGAACGCCGACUCGCGCAAGGUGAUGGGCAACGGCGGCUUCUACGCGGCGCGCAGCAACACGCGCAUGCUCAAGUUCUUCGACGACUGGAUCGCCUGGCACAAGCGGCUACCGAAGCACCGCAUUCAGCAGAUCUUUGACUGGAUCCGCCCCGAGGCCAACCCCUUCACGCGCACCGCCACGCCGCUCACGGUGCGCUACCUGCCGACGGCGAACUUCGGCGGGUUCUGCGAGAUGGGCGCGCGGAUGGCGGAGCUGGUGACGGUGCACGCCACGUGCUGCUUCGGACUCGACUCCAAGCUGCGCGUGCUGCGCAAGGUCGCCGCGGACUGGGACUGGAUGCGCGCGCUGCCCCACGACCAUCUUUCCGCUGCCGUCCCUGCAUGCACGGGGGGUUGGGAGCCGCUCUGCGGGGCAGCAGCGCAUCUGCAGGUGAAGGUGGUGUGGCGGGCAGCAGAGCAGCAGGCACGGGGCGCAUGGCAGGCAGGGGCAGCAGGGAUGGGAUUGGGAGCACGAGUGUGGGCCAUGGCGGACGCUGGUGCAGCAGGGUGCAGGUGGGGUGCAGCAGAGCGGUGUGGGGAAGACAAGGCGUGUCCGUGUGUGGCGAGGCAGCUGGCAUGCGAUGGUGUUGGAGAAGGCGAGUCCACAGUGCGCCUCAACUGGUGCUGCACAAUGCAGCGCCUCAACUGGUGCUGCACAAUGCAGCGCCUCAACUGGUGCUGCACAAUGUAG